GGCGGCGGCGGCGGCGGGACCGACGGAGCCGCUUUGUGUGCAGCCCGACGAGGGGCGGCGGCGGCGGCGGCGCAACCACCUGACAGAGGCCCGGCGCUCGCUGCACCGUCCGCCCGCAUGAGGAGGAGAGGCCGGUAGAGGACUGUGAGAGAAAAGUUAUUCCCCAGGAUGGACUUCACGCAGCCGAAGCCUGCCACUGCCCUCUGUGGCGUCGUGAGUGCGGACGGGAAGAUCGCUUACCCUCCGGGAGUAAAAGAGAUCACCGACAAGAUCACCACCGAUGAAAUGAUCAAACGUCUGAAGAUGGUAGUGAAAACUUUUAUGGAUAUGGAUCAGGAUUCAGAAGAUGAAAAGCAACAGUAUCUCCCACUAGCCUUGCAUCUCGCAUCUGAAUUCUUUCUCAGGAACCCUAAUAAAGAUGUGCGCCUUCUCGUAGCAUGUUGUUUGGCUGAUAUAUUUCGAAUCUAUGCCCCAGAAGCUCCAUAUACUUCCCAUGAUAAACUUAAGGACAUAUUUCUCUUUAUUACCAGACAAUUAAAAGGUUUGGAGGAUACAAAGAGUCCACAGUUUAAUAGAUAUUUUUAUUUAUUAGAGAAUUUAGCUUGGGUUAAAUCAUAUAACAUCUGCUUUGAGUUGGAAGAUUGCAAUGAAAUUUUUAUUCAGCUUUUUAGAACUCUCUUCUCGGUAAUCAACAACAGCCACAAUACGAAAGUGCAAAUGCACAUGUUAGACUUGAUGAGUUCUAUCAUCAUGGAAGGUGAUGGAGUUACUCAAGAAUUAUUGGAUUCCAUUCUUAUCAACCUCAUCCCUGCACACAAGAACUUAAAUAAACAGUCCUUCGACCUUGCAAAAGUCCUACUGAAAAGGACAGUCCAGACUAUUGAAGCAUGUAUUGCCAAUGUAUGUAUUUCUGUAUACAUUUCAAGCAACGAUGGUGAGGAACGCCUAGCUGUGGUUCGACUCCUUGCAAAAUUGUUCGGCUCUAAAGAUUCAGAUUUAGCAACACAGAAUCGGCCUCUCUGGCAGUGCUUUCUUGGGCGAUUUAAUGACAUUCAUGUUCCUGUGAGGUUAGAAAGUGUGAAGUUUGCCAGCCACUGUUUGAUGAAUCACCCAGAUUUAGCGAAGGAUCUGACAGAAUAUUUGAAAGUUAGGUCACAUGAUCCAGAAGAAGCCAUUCGUCAUGAUGUUAUUGUCACUAUAAUAACAGCUGCCAAAAGAGACCUUGCCUUAGUAAACGAUCAGUUGCUUGGCUUCGUCAGGGAAAGGACCCUGGAUAAACGGUGGCGAGUAAGAAAAGAAGCCAUGAUGGGUCUGGCUCAGCUCUAUAAGAAAUACUGUCUUCAUGGGGAAGCAGGAAAGGAAGCUGCGGAGAAAGUCAGCUGGAUAAAGGACAAGCUGCUGCACAUCUACUAUCAGAACAGCAUUGAUGACAAACUAUUGGUAGAGAAAAUCUUUGCUCAGUAUCUUGUUCCCCAUAACCUGGAAACAGAAGAGAGAAUGAAAUGCUUAUAUUAUUUAUAUGCUAGCUUGGAUCCAAAUGCUGUAAAAGCUCUCAAUGAAAUGUGGAAAUGUCAGAACAUGCUUCGAAGUCAUGUGCGUGAACUAUUGGACUUACACAAGCAGCCUGCAUCAGAAGCGAACUGUUCUGCCAUGUUUGGGAAACUGAUGACCAUAGCAAAGAAUUUGCCUGACCCUGGAAAAGCACAAGAUUUUGUAAAGAAAUUUAACCAGGUUCUUGGUGAUGAUGAGAAACUGAGGUCUCAGUUGGAAUUAUUAAUCAGCCCAACCUGUUCAUGCAAGCAGGCUGACAUUUGUGUGAGGGAAAUAGCUCGGAAACUUGCAAAUCCUAAGCAGCCAACCAACCCUUUUCUAGAGAUGGUUAAAUUUCUUUUGGAAAGAAUUGCUCCUGUGCACAUUGAUUCAGAAGCCAUAAGUGCACUAGUAAAACUGAUGAAUAAGUCUAUUGAAGGGACGGCCGAUGAUGAAGAGGAGGGUGUCAGUCCAGACUCAGCCAUCCGCUCAGGACUUGAGCUUCUUAAGGUUCUGUCUUUCACACAUCCUACCUCGUUCCACUCUGCAGAGACAUAUGAGUCCUUGUUACAGUGCCUAAGAAUGGAGGAUGACAAGGUAGCAGAAGCUGCAAUACAAAUUUUUAGAAACACAGGCCACAAGAUAGAAACUGACCUUCCCCAGAUACGGUCAACCUUGAUCCCCAUUUUACAUCAGAAAGCCAAGCGGGGCACUCCACACCAAGCAAAGCAGGCUGUUCACUGCAUCCAUGCCAUCUUCUCAAACAAGGAGGUCCAACUGGCACAGAUUUUUGAGCCACUCAGUAGGAGUCUGAAUGCUGAUGUACCAGAGCAACUUAUAACUCCAUUAGUUUCACUGGGCCACAUUUCCAUGUUAGCACCAGAUCAGUUUGCCUCCCCGAUGAAAUCUGUAGUGGCAAACUUUAUUGUUAAAGACCUUCUAAUGAACGACAGGUCAACAGGUGAGAAGAAUGGAAAAUUAUGGUCUCCAGAUGAGGAAGUUUCUCCUGAAGUUCUAGCAAAGGUACAGGCAAUUAAACUUCUGGUAAGGUGGCUGUUGGGUAUGAAAAACAACCAGUCUAAAUCUGCCAACUCAACUCUUCGGUUAUUAUCAGCGAUGCUGGUUAGUGAGGGCGACCUGACAGAGCAAAAGAGGAUCAGUAAAUCUGAUAUGUCUCGCUUGCGAUUAGCUGCUGGUAGUGCCAUAAUGAAGCUUGCUCAGGAACCUUGCUACCAUGAAAUUAUUACCCCAGAACAGUUUCAGCUCUGUGCACUGGUUAUUAAUGAUGAGUGCUACCAAGUAAGGCAGAUAUUUGCCCAGAAGCUUCAUAAGGCACUUGUGAAGUUGCUUCUCCCACUGGAGUAUAUGGCGAUCUUUGCUUUGUGUGCCAAAGACCCCGUGAAGGAGAGGAGAGCACACGCUCGGCAGUGUUUGUUAAAGAACAUUAGCAUCCGCAGGGAGUACAUCAAACAGAACCCCAUGGCCACUGAGAAAUUAUUGUCACUGCUGCCUGAAUAUGUGGUCCCAUACAUGAUUCACCUCCUAGCCCAUGAUCCCGAUUUCACACGGUCACAAGAUGUUGAUCAACUUCGUGAUAUAAAAGAGUGCCUGUGGUUUAUGCUUGAAGUCUUAAUGACAAAGAAUGAAAACAACAGCCAUGCAUUCAUGAAAAAGAUGGCAGAGAAUAUCAAGCUAACCAGAGACGCCCAGUCUCCCGAUGAAUCCAAGACAAAUGAAAAACUUUAUACGGUUUGUGACGUGGCUCUGUGUGUUAUAAAUAGUAAAAGUGCUUUGUGCAAUGCAGACUCACCAAAGGACCCAGUCCUCCCAAUGAAGUUCUUUACACAGCCUGAAAAGGACUUCUGUAAUGACAAAAGCUAUAUUUCAGAAGAGACAAGAGUUCUUCUGUUAACAGGAAAGCCAAAGCCUACUGGAGUAUUAGGUACAGUGAACAAGCCUUUAUCAGCAACAGGAAGGAAGCCUUAUGUUAGAAGCGCCGGCACAGAGACUGGAAGCAAUAUUAACGCCAAUUCAGAGCUGAGUCCUUCAGCCGGAAGUCGUUCAAGGGAACAGAGUUCAGAGGCGUCAGAAACUGGAGUUAGUGAAAAUGAGGAGAAUCCUGUGAGAAUAAUUUCUGUCACACCUGUAAAGAAUAUUGAUACUGUAAAGAAUAAGGAAAUUAAUUCUGAUCAGUCUACCCAAGGCAACAUCAGCAGUGACAGAGGAAAGAAAAGAAUUGUAACAGCAGCUGGUGCAGAGAAUAUCCAAAAGCCAGACGAGAAAGUAGAUGAGUCAGGACCUCCUGCUCCUUCCAAACCCCGGAGAGGACGUCGCCCCAAAUCUGAAUCUCAGGGCAAUGCAACCAAAAACGAUGAUCUAAAUAAACCUGUUAGCAAGGGAAGGAAGAGAGCUGCAGGCAGCCAGGAGAGUCUGGAGGCAGGGAAUGCCAAAGCGCCCAAGCUACAAGAUGGAGCCAAAAAGGCAGUUCCAGCAGAGAGACAAAUUGAUUUACAAAGGUAAU